UGCAUGACACCAUGAGACUGCUGGCUCUGCUGCUGGUGAUCGGAGCUGCUGCGGCAGUUCCCCGUGAAGAUGGCAGGAUCAUUGGUGGGUAUGAGUGUGAGCCGAACUCUCGUCCAUACAUGGCCUCCCUCAACUAUGGCUACCACUUCUGUGGUGGGGUGCUCAUCAACAGGCAGUGGGUGCUCUCCGUAGCCCACUGUUGGUACAAUCCCACUGCCAUGCAGAUCAUGCUGGGAGAACAUGAUUUGCGAGUGUUUGAAGGUACAGAGAAGCUCAUGAAGACCAACACCAUCAUCUGGCACCCCAGUUAUGACUACCAGACGCUGGAUUUCGACAUCAUGCUGAUUAAGCUCUUCCACCCGGUGGAGGAGACAGCAGCAGUCGCGCCCAUCUCGUUGCCCACAUGGUGCCCGAUAGGGGGGCUCCCCUGCUCUGUGUCUGGCUGGGGUAACUCCGCCCCCGACGGCGAGCCGGUGAACUUGCCGACCCGUCUGCAGUGUUUGGACGUGCCCAUCCUGGAUGAGCAGGACUGUCAUAACGCCUAUCCCGGCAUGAUCACACGCAGGAUGAUGUGUGCUGGGUACUUGGACGGAGGCAGAGAUGCCUGCAAUGGUGACUCCGGAAGCCCUCUGGUGUGUGAAGGAGAGGUCCACGGCCUGGUGUCAUGGGGUCGGGGGUGUGCUCAGCCCAACUACCCCGGGGUCUACGUCAAACUGUGUGAGUUCCUCUACUGGAUUGAGGACGUCAUGGCAGCAAACCCCUGAAGAAGUCACCCAUUUUUCACUUUAUUCUCCUCAUGUCUCCCACUGGUUCUCCUCAUUCUUAUUUUCUUUUGAAGCCCUGACUUUAAUUUCUGUGUUUCACUGGUGCCUUGUCUCCUUUUAAAAUUUCUCCCCCAUAUAUCCAACACACGUGCCAAAAUAAAAACACUCAAAUAUA